GGUGUUACUGGGCAGAAUAUUUUUUCCAUUAAUGAAGACACUUUUCUUCUUGGGUUGCAAAGACACACAAAGAAACAUUGAUCUCAGUCCUCACUAGUAACGCAACUCAUGCUCUGCGUCUCCGAUUCAUGCGUUAAGCCCCUUCCGCUGAAGAAGAAAAACCCUUUCUCUUUAUUUGUUCAACAUCAAUGGCUUCCUCGUGCCGCGGCUAUUCCAAGGCCCAAAUGUGCUUCUUCAAGAUUCUCCGCAUAAUUUCAUCCACCCCACCCUCCAAACAACAACAACCCUUUCCAACCAAAGGCGUCGGCAUCGAUUUGAAUCUCAGAUUCCGUUCCGUCACAGAGACCGAAGAAUCCGAAUCUUCUAGAAGCGACAACGACAACGCCUCCGCCACUGCUCAAACCAACAGCAACGAAGGGUUUCCAGAGAAGAGCGUUGAAGUUUCGGAGAAACUCGACAACAACAACAACAACAACACCACUAACGAAGUUAACAAUCACGCGGAAACGGCGUCGUUUAAGGGACGCGAUGGUAAUUGCUUUGAUUUGCUUAUCGAAGCGGCGAGGGUGGUGUCCGGGAAGGAGGAGUCUGACUCGGAGGAACUCGGUGGCGAGUUGAGGACUCGGAGGGCGAGUAAAGUGAAACGGAGGGAGAAGUGGGUGGUUGUGGAUUUAUACGGCGACGUUUUAGGGGAGAGAGAACCGGUGGUGAGGUCUAAAAGAGGGAGGAACCAGGCGUUGCCGUACCGGUUCAAAGACUCGGUGGUGGAACCGUUGAAACGCGCAACUCGUUCUCAGAGACCGUCGUCAACCACACACCUCACUAAACGACUUCUUAGGUCGUCACCCACAACGUAAAACGAUUAGGCUUAAGAAUGUAGCUAAUAUGGCAGUGUCUUUAUUUUGAAGCGUGAAUGCAUGAUCAAUGUUUCACUGACGCAUCGUCGUCAUCAUCAUCAUCUCCUUCUACCUCGUUAAUUUGAAGACAUCAUCAUGGAAGUCAUUUUGGAAAUAUCUUAGACGCGACAUAGAGGAGUAUAAGAGAGUGGAGGAGACAAACAAACACGGUGUGUGGCUGCGAAAAUGCAUAUGUUUUACCCUUUGAAUAUUUACUUGUAUUUAUUUGAUCCGCGAGAACAAUGUAUGUUGUCAGCUUCAAACUUCGCAGACGGAAAGACACAAGGUAGAAAAGGAUUUUUAUUUUUUUCUUCUUGGACCUUGGUUAUUGUGUUACAACAACUUACAAAGGUACGACCCCCCCAAUCUGCUACAACUUAUGGUUGUGAACAGUGCGAAUUUCAGUUUAGGGAAUUCAAUGGUUUGUACAUGUGAUGUGAUGUGACGGAAAUCUGGGGUUAUGAUUUAUUUCUUUCUUUGGCAAGUGGGGUGUUGCUUGAAUUUAGAUCUAUUUAGACUUUUCUCAAUCUUUUUCUUUGUUAAAAAUCAUAAUCAUAUAUUACAUCUAUUGAUUUGUAAA